ACGAGUAUUUACUACAAGGUCUACUCCAGAAGAUUAACAUCCGCGCUCCUUCUGUCAGUUUCCGAUGCCAUGCCCGGUUAAAAUAAUAGGAAUCCUAAUAAAAAAAAUACCCGCCCGAGUCGUCCGCUCGCUGCCGAUCGUCGCUCGCCCCAAGGAAUGGCCGAGUCUUGCGCGAAUGAGUUGGCGUCCGCGGCUGCCAGAGGGGACCUAGUGCAAGUUACUAAUUUGUUGGAAAGGACUGUAAACGUCAAUGCGCGGAAUGGAUUUGGGAGGACUGCGCUGCAGGUGAUGAAGCUGGGGAACCCGGAGAUUGCCAAGCGCCUGCUGGAGAAAGGCGCCGACCCCAACCUGAAGGACAGCUCUGGCUUUGCAGUCCUGCACGACGCGGCCCGCGCCGGCUUCCUGGACACCCUGCAGGUCUUGCUGGCCUCCCAGGCCGAUGUGAACGUGGAGGACAACGAGGGCAACCUGCCGCUGCACCUGGCCGCCCAGGAGGGCCACCUGCCCGUCGUGGCCUUCCUGCUGGAGCACACGGCAUGCAGGGCGGAGCACCGCAACAGGAACGGCGCCACUGCCUACGACCUGGCCGUGCUCUACAGGUGCCACGCCGUGGCUCGGCUGCUGGAGGGCCGCUGCGGCGAAGCCAGGCAGAGAGCGGGAGCCACCGGCGGGGAUUAG